AUGUCCUUAAUACUAGGAUACGUCCAUCAGCUCAUCGAUACAUCCCUCUCCUUCCUGAAGUUGAUCCAAAGCCGGGAAAUAGGAUGGCUUACGAUAGUACGCGAAACGGGCGAAUUUAAGCGCGAGCAGCAGCCGCUAUGGAAGAAGUUCAAGUUGCUGUUGCUUUUCAAUCCGUUGACAGAAUGGCUGGAUCAGACGCAUUUGUUCCGUCUCUAUACGCAUGAGAAAAAUAUCGAGGCUGGACAAAAAGAAGUAGCGGCGCAGUCGCACGAGCAGAUUAAGAGCUUCAUUGACUUUUUCCACAUCAACAUGAACGAUUUCUCGCCAUCUGAUCCAGAGCAGUACGGGUCAUUCCAGGACUUCUUCAUUAGACGCCACAAACCCGAGGCCAGGCCCCUGUACGCACCGAACGAUAAGAAAAAAGCCGUCGUGGUGGCCGACUGUCGGAUAGUAGUAUAUCCCACCGUUGAGAAGACGCGCAAGCUCUGGGUGAAAGGCAACCAAUUCACAAUCGCCAAUCUCAUCCGUGACUCCGAUCGUUCAAAGCCUUGGGAUAAUGGAGCGGCGGCUUGUUUCCGGUUGAGUCCCCAGGAUUACCAUAGGUACCAUUCUCCUGUGGAGGGCAAGGUGAAGUGGUUCAAGCAGAUUCCUGGCGACUAUUUCGAGGUUGAUCCUAUAGCCAUUCAGAGUUCUGUUAACAUCUUGACCGAAAAUGCCCGCUGCGCCGUCUGUCUCGAGACUAAGGAGUUUGGAGACGUAUUGUUUGUCGCUGUGGGAGCAUCGGAUGUUGGAACGGUUGAAUUCCACGACAAGACGAUGACUGCGGGAGAGCAUAUCAAAAAAGGAGAAGAGCUUGGCCUCUUCAAGUUUGGUGGAUCGACAAUCAUGGUGGCCUUUGAGCAGGGCCGUAUUCAGUUCGAUGAAGACCUGGAACGCUGGAGCCAGAACCAGAUUAUGGUAGAUGUGAAAGUUAACAGCAGCAUGGGGACUGCAGUCAGUGAAAAACAGUGA